AUGUUUAGACAAGUUUUCCGUCAAGUCACUAAACAAUCCUUUACUGGUGUCACAAGAACCUAUGCCACUGAAUCUGCUGUGUCUUCAGACGCCUUGAAGUUAUCCUUGGCCUUACCUCACCAAACAUUAUACAACGAUUCCGAGGUCCAACAAGUAAACUUACCUUCUGUCAAUGGGGAUUUGGGUAUUUUGGCCAACCACAUUCCAAUCGUCGAACAAUUGAGACCAGGGUUGUUGGAAAUCAUCUCAAAAAACGGAGACUCCGAUCAAUACUUUGUCAGCGGUGGUAUCGCCAUGGUCCAACCAGGUAACAAGUUGACAAUUUCCGCCAUCGAAGCUUUCAAGACUGAUCAAAUCGACAUUUCUGCUGUCAAGAACUUGAUUGCCGAUGCCCAAAAGAGAGCUGAAUCAAGUGACGAAAAAGUCGCCGCCGAAGCCAACAUCGAAUUGGAAGUGUUAGAGGCCUUGCAACAUUUUACUAAAUAA